UUCGUUAGUCAGCCCCCGCCACGACAGCCGAACACUCGCCACUGAGCGUUCCUCCCCGAUUUCGUUUUCAAUAUUUAAUUAUUUUCCUAUCUGCUCAUUGAAGAAGUAAGAUGUCACUGGCCGUGGAUAGCCGCAAUCAGUUUGCCCGUCAACUGGUGGCUGCCAUCACCAAGAAUGCCCUCCAGCAGCGCACGGAGCAGGGCGUCAAUGUCGUCAUCUCGCCGGCGUCCAUACAGAGCUGCCUGACGCUGGCCUUUAUGGCGGCAUCCGGCACGACGGCGGAGGAGCUGCGGCAGGGUCUGCACCUCGGACCAGGCGACAGCGCGCACAUUGCGCGUUCCUUUGGCGAAUUCUGGACAUCCAGCUGCAACUAUGGCGCGAAGGGACCCGUGCUGAAGUCCGUCAAUCGUUUGUACGUCAACGAAACGCUGGAACUGCAGCCGGAGUUCAAUGCGGUGGCAGGAGACUUCUUUCAGGCAAAGGCAGAGCCCGUCAAGUUCGCCGAUGCGCUGGCUGUGACGGAGCAAAUCAAUGCCUGGGUGAAGGAGCAAACGGAUGACAAAAUCCGGGAGCUGCUGCAGUCGGAUGCCGUCAAUCAGGACACGAGUGCGGUGCUCAUCAAUGCGCUGUACUUCAAGGGCAAGUGGCGGAAACCCUUCAUGCCCGAGACCACGCAGCAGGAUGACUUCAGCUUGAAUUUAAGCGAUCGCAUCAAGGUGGACAUGAUGUACCAGGAGGACAAGUUCAAGUAUGCGGAGCUGCCGCACCUGCAGGCACGCGCCGUGCAGCUGCCCUACGAGCACUCGAACAUUUCCAUGUUGAUCCUGCUGCCGGACACCACGUGCGGCAUACUGGAGCUGGAGCAGCGUCUGCAGUCGGUGGAUCUGGCUGACAUUGAGGCUGCCAUGACGCUGGAGGAUGUGGACUUGGCGCUGCCCAAGUUGACCCUCGAAUUUGAUGUGGAUCUCAAGGAGGUGCUCCUGCAGCUGGGCAUAUCCGAGAUCUUUGGCAACGAGGCCAAGCUGGACAGACUCUUCACGACAAAGACGGGCCAAAAGCUUUCAGCAGCCAGGCAUCGCGGCUACAUAAGCAUCAACGAAGCGGGCUCCGAGGCAGCAGCGGCGACAUUCAUGAAAAUUGUGCCCAUGAGUCUGAACAUGCAGACGAAAGCAUUCCGUGUGGACCAUCCAUUCCUCUUCUACAUACGCAGCUGUGAGGCUGUCUUUUUCGCCGGUCGCGUCGUCAGUCCCAGUCAAGCAAAGAGCGACACGAGUCGCGCUAGUCUUAGCCAAGAGAGUAAAUAAUAAAAAAUCGUUCCA